AUGGCUAUUCCAGCAAUCUCCAUUGCUUCUCUUCUUUUCUUGUUCUUCAAUUUGUGCCUUCGAGGCAUCUAUGGUGACUAUGGAGGGUGGGAAAGUGCUCAUGCUACUUUCUAUGGUGGGGGAGAUGCAUCCGGGACAAUGGGGGGUGCAUGUGGGUAUGGCAAUUUGUACAGCCAAGGCUAUGGGACCAACACUGCAGCACUAAGCACUGCUUUAUUCAACAAUGGCUUGAGCUGUGGAUCGUGCUAUGAGAUGAAGUGUAAUGAUGACCCGAAAUGGUGUCUCCCGGGCACCAUUACUGUCACUGCCACAAACUUCUGCCCUCCAAACCCUGCCCAGCCAAGUGACAAUGGUGGCUGGUGCAAUCCACCCCGCCAGCACUUUGACAUGGCUGAGCCUGCGUUCCUGCAAAUUGCUCAAUACCGAGCUGGAAUUGUUCCUGUUUCCUUUCGAAGGGUGCCCUGUGUGAAGAAAGGAGGAAUAAGGUUUACAAUCAAUGGUCACUCCUAUUUCAACUUGGUCCUGAUCACCAAUGUCGGCGGUGCAGGGGAUGUCCAUUCAGUGUCCAUCAAGGGGUCUAAAACAGGGUGGCAACCCAUGUCAAGGAACUGGGGCCAAAACUGGCAGAGCAAUUCGUACCUCAAUGGCCAGUCUCUCUCUUUUCAGGUCACCACCAGUGAUGGAAGGACUGUAACCAGCAACAACGUCGUCCCGGCCAAUUGGCAGUUUGGGCAAACAUUCUCUGGGGGUCAAUUUUAAGCUUCUAAGACAAUCAAACGUGUUGAAAUUUGUAUAUGGUAUUUGAAAGUUGGACAGGGAGUGGCUUGGGGACUGUGGUUGGCUCUGUAGCUGUGGUUGCUAGUUAGCACCCGCUUAGACCUAUAUAAUAUGUAGCAGUGAUUUGCAUCAAACACAAAAAUAUUUGGGGUUGGUAUAACCGACUCUAAAUACUUAGGAUAGGAAAUUGUUGAGUUGAGUCUGAGAUAUUUGGUUGGUAGGCCAUAAAUAAAGGCCACAAGAAUAUCAUAUAAGGUCUGCAAAUUUAACCCCCAGGUUGGGACAGC